CCCCAACAAGAUUUCUGAAGAAAUAUUUCCUAAUUUAUAGACAAGCUGUCAGGAAGUUUGCUUUGAAUUUUAGGUUAACCUAGGAUUAAGCUGAUCGCCUUUUGAACAACCGGCCCCAGAGGGGUAAAAAUCCCCAAAAGCAGAGGUCCUCAACACAGGGAGGGGUUGCUUUUUAAAAGUAAUAGUCCAUUAAACAAGUCGGUGCAUGACAAGAGCUGCAUUUGAUCCAAGCCUAACUUCAGUUGCAGAUGAGAAGCCACGUACUUCCGUACAAGAAGCACGCUCGCGACCGCCGUCGAUGCCACGACGACCGACCAGGUUUGAACCUUAUGAAAGAGAAUCUUCCGUUAGUGGAGGCUCCGGUGUCAGCAGACGACCUAGCGGCUUUGAACGAAGGUGUGUGCUUGUAGUACAUUGAGCUUUUACGCUCCUAGAAAGUUAUAAAGGAAACAGUGGGUCAAUCCCGAUUUAUUAGCAGGAUCCGCGGAAGAACGAGGCCGGAGACAACUCUAUAGCUUCUUUUCCAUUCAUUGCAAGAGUGAACUUGCAAACUGGAUUUCAUUACAAUGCUCGACAUUUUAUUUUUAUUGGAUACAAACACUCGCAUCAAGCUUGCAAGUUGGUUUUUGUGAUUUUGUUGAGACUUAAAUUGUGACCGAACCGAAAUUAUCUGGUUUUGAGUUCGUCCUGGUCUCAUGUAAAUGUGACAUUGCUUUCUUUUGAACAAUAUGAACACAUAAAGUUUGUUCGUUCACUGCAACCAGGUAUAUCAAUCAUGUUUCGCUCGCUACUCUGGUUUAAAUAAAUGAUUACAAAGCCCAGUCGAAUUGUAAUCAAGAUUCAAGACCCAACGUUUCGACACUCCAGUCUAGUGUCUUCAUCAGGGGUGAUCUAAAACUGCGAUCGUGGCUUCUUAAAUACCCAAGGUAUGACGUCACCUGCCAAGAAGGCAGGUGACGUCAUACCUUGGGUAUUUAAGAAGCCACGAUCGCAGUUUUAGAUCACCCCUGAUGAAGACACUAGACUGGAGUGUCGAAACGUUGGGUCUUGAUUACAAUUCGACUGGGCUUUGUAAUCAUUUAUUUAAACCAGAGUAGCGACCGAAACAUGAUUAAUAUGAACACAAUUUAUUAUUACACUGACCCGAAAGGUCAAGUGUCUUAAAUCCCUAAUUUUCUGUUUUCUUCGUCUUCGAGAAAGCGCAUCGCAGGCUCAGGGUGCAACGAUUAAGCCAAAAUGCCAUCGAUUCAAAUGCCAUCGAUUCCCCGACUGCUUGAUUUAAUUUUUAUAGUAACAAGCUCGUAUUUAUGUACCUAGCAGCCGGCUCAUGCCAUGCUUAUGAUACAUCUUUCUUUAUUAGCCCAUACACUUGUACACACGCGCACAAUUGCGAACUCCAAGGAUAGAGCUCCAGUGACAUAUUCAGUUCAGUUUCAAAAUGGCGGCUUUUCACUGAAUAUAUUUUGCACAGUUUCGUUGAAUUUUUAAAGAAUUGUGCCAAUUUCCUAUGGAUUUUACGUUGUGUCACACUCUGGACUUUCUUGCGUGUUGAAUUAAUUUGUUUUUCUUUGUGUAACGACUCGAAAACCGCAGAAUUUGGACCCAGCGAAUUUAUAUCAAACUGUUCUGCAGGGCCGUAGCUAGAACGCUAAUUGGGAGGGGGGUGUAUAUUCAUAUAUUCGUGUUCUGCCCGACGGAUUUCUUUUGAAAUCGAUUAUCUUUAUGGUAUGUGAACAUGAAUAUAUGAAUAUACCCCCCCCCCCCAAUUAUCGUGUGUCUAGCUACGGCCCUGCUGUUCUACGAACUCUCUUGCUCCCCACUCCCUUGUCUAUUACACCAUAGCGCGUAUGUCCUCAUUUUCAAGCAGGUCAGUGUGAACGCCUGACCAGGCGUCUUGUUUUAUUUCAGAUAUCGAGGAGGUGGCCGAAGAGGAUAUGGUGGCAUGCGAAGCGGUAGAGAUGAUUCAGGAGGGUUUGGAAGAGGUAGCGGCGGUGGCGUCAGGCGUAAUGGGGGAUCAGGAGGUUUAUCCAAGAGUACCACAGGACAUUGUGUGUACAUGCGUGGUUUACCUUUCUCCGCGUCAGAAGCAGAUGUGAAGCAAUGGUUUAUGCCACUGAACCCAGUAGCAAUCAGGAUUGAGACAAGUGGUUCUGGUCAGCGGAGGUCACGUGGUGAAGCUGACGUGGAUUUUGCAACCGACGCUGACGCUAAAGCCGCCAUGGCGAAAAACGGACAAUUUAUGGGUGGGUGGAAAAAGUUUGACUAGCCUUACUUAUACUGGAUAGCUCCAUCAGUUCUAAACUGUUCUUCCUAGAGGUCCAGUAAGACUCAUCUCUUAUUGAUCCAGUGUUACUACAGGAGGAAGCCUAAACUAAACUAACUUUAUUUGUACUGGAUAGCUCUAUCACUUUUAAACUGUUCUUCUUAGAGGUCUAGUAAGGAUCAUCUCUUAUUGAUCCUGUGUCACUACAGGAGGAAACCUAAACUAAACUAACUUUAUUUGUACUGGAUAGCUCUAUCAGUUUUAAACUGUUCUUCUUAGAGGUCUAGUAAGAAUCAUCUCUUAUUGAUCCAGUGUCACUACAGGAGGAAACCUAAAUUAAGAUAACUUUAUUUAUACUGGAUAGCUCUAUCAGUUCUAAACUGUUCUUCCUAAAGGGCUAUUAAGGAGAAUUUCUUAUUGACCCAGUGUCACUACAGACGGAAACCUAAACCAAACUAACAUAUUUAUACUGGAUAGUUUUGAACUGUUCUCCCUAGAGGUCCAGUAAGGAUCAUCCCAUGAAAGGCUCAUGCACAAACCACUGUGGAAUGAAUUCAAACUUGAACUUUGUUUUAGGCCAUCAUUGUAUUGA